AUGUCAACCAAACCCCGCGGCAGCAGGAGAGAAUUGAAUUAUGAUCCGGAUGCAGCAUAUAUGUUGUCCUGGGCAUCAACUUCGCCUCGUCCUACCAGGAAGUGCGCUGCUCGUCGGAAAUACUAUAUUGAUUCCGACUCGGACCCUGACAAUGAUGAUGAUGAUAUGGUUGCCGUCAAUAAGAGAGCUACUACUUUGCACAAUGCAAUCCAGGGAAUUACUCUAGGGGCAGGCAUCCAUUCAAAUCAACGAACAGUCCCGCCUGUUCAAAUCGCCACGCAAGAGCACAGCAACAGCAGACUGUUCAAGUCGCUCCCAGUAGAGAUCCACCAGAAGAUUGUUGACUACCUUCCCAAGGAUCGAGACGUCACAAGAUACGCACAGAUAUGCAGAAGCACUUCUGUGUCAAUCACAAGCAGCGUCUGGCGCAAGCGCUUUGCCCGAACCUUUGACACAUCGGAGGAUAUGAGCUCACAACAGUUGGCGAGAGAGUAUAUGACCAUACGGGGUAUCUCGAGAAAGUGGUGUUGCUUCGACGAGGUCAAAUUAAGAGGGUCUGUCACAUGGCAACUCAUGGAGGAGCAAAAGAAUAAUAAACCAUUGUGCUUGCAGAUGCUGAAAGGCCUGAUCAUAAAUUCGAAUGCUCGCAAAGAACUUGACAAGGACGGCAACGAGUGCGUUAUCGGUUUGAACCACGACUAUAUCCGCAAGCUGGUAACCCAAGAUGCCGAGCAGAAUUCUAAGAACGAAGUCCAGUUCAUAGAUAUCAUUGACGCCAUUCUAAAAACUGAUGUGAAUGCAUUCUCAGAGAAAAUCCUAUCCGCCGAGGACGAAUACUUGGUCCAGGUUAUCCAACUGUGCCUAACCCCGUUGAACCUUCAUCAAAAAUACGGAACCAGAUUUCACCACUUUGACUUAUCCCAGGAGAUGGCAUACGCAAAUCCUUUAAAACAGCCAGUAUUCUUGGGAGAGUGGAAGCAGAGACUCAAUAUUUAUUGGCUAUUAGCCACAAUCAACUUCUUCAAAUUACACCUCCAGCAUAACGGAGAGGGACUUCUUGCUGGUGAAUACUUAGACCUUGAGCCGGGUCAAUCGCCGCAGACUUGGCUCGGUAAACUGAAGGAUGAAACGCAAGAGCUCGGAACUUAUUGGAAGGGGGCGUAUACAUUCAUGGAGCAACGCGACCUCGUAAGCUUUCGAAGAGCAUGUUCUGGACGCAAUGGCAACCCCACCGUAUUUGUCGAUGACUUUGAGCCUCUGCAGGAUAUCUCGAUUUUCUUCAACGAGUCCAAGUUUCCCUCCAAAAAGUGGCCAAGGUCCUUUGAAAAGCUGAACCAAACCGAUCCUUAUGUAGAAAUACCUUACAGCUCCUUGCAACCACGGAACUUGCGAUCCAGAAAAUCCCCAAUUACUGAAGCCGAAAAUCGCAGAUAUCCCUUUAAAUCCUUCUAUGGAACCGCCCGAGGUGAGAAACUAGCCCACUUCUAUGGCCGUAUUCACGCUUUGCCCCCACAGGGCGGCAUACCGGGCUUCCAGCGUGUUUCUUUGAUCAAGUUCUGGGAACAUGAUGGAGAGUUCGAUCCCAAUAUGAUGUGGGCAUACGAAGGCUGCGUUUUGCCCGGUAAUCGCAUCAUCGUGGGAAGAUGGUCCUGGAUCACGGAUACCCAAAUUCAGGACGACGAUAUUUUCUCUGGUCCAUUCAUCUUCUGGAACGUGGAUGAUAGUAGAGCAGAUCCACCGAUCGAAGAGACAGAGUCGUUGGACUUCUUGGAAUCCCUCAAGGAUCUUAAAAUCGGGAUCUGA